AUGAAACUUAAAGAAAUUCCUCGCACUGCAACUUUUGCCUGGAGCCCUGGGCAGCAUUUGCCCAUUAUCGCUAGUGGCACGGUUGCUGGUGCCCUCGAUGCUUCAUUUUCGAACACUACAGAGUUGGAACUUUUCCACCUGGAUUUACAUAAUUCUGAUGCUAGUAACGAAUUAAAACCUGCAGGUGUUGUUACUAGUAAUACAAGAUUUGACAGACUUGCAUGGGGAAACGCUUCUGAUAAAGCAUAUGGCAUUAUUGCUGGCGGCAUGGAAAAUGGUGAAUUGGAUUUGUGGGAUCCAGCAGUUAUUUUAGAGGGUGGCGAUGCUGAAAAAGCUCUUCUGUUGCGAAACAAGCAACAUUCCGGUAAUGUUCGUGGACUUCAGUUCAAUCCUUUCCAGAAUAAUGUAUUGGGAUCAGCGGCUACGAACGGCGAAAUCUUUAUUUGGGAUUUGACAAAUCCCGAAAAACCUUAUGGUCCGGGUACACGAUCCCCAAAACUCGAAGAAAUCACAUAUUUGGCCUGGAACAAUCAAGUACAACACAUAUUAGCCACAUCAUCGACCACAGGUUACACAGUGAUUUGGGAUUUGAAAAAUAAACGCGAGGUAAUGCAUCUAUCAUACAGUGGCCCCACUGCGAAUAUAGGCACACCAUAUGGGAUGGGUACAUUAAAUGUGGCUGGAGCUCUUGGAGGUGGUGGUAGAAGAGGAACUACUUCGGUUGCUUGGAAUCCAGAUGUGGCUACACAAUUAAUUACCGCUUCUGAAGACGACAAUAAUCCCGUGAUAGUAAUGUGGGAUCUUCGUAACGCACAUGCUCCAGAAAAGGUUUUAACCGGACAUACAAAAGGGGUUCUAGCACUUUCUUGGUGUCGAAAAGAUGCCGAUCUAUUGUUAUCAAGUGGAAAAGAUAAUCGAACAUUAUGUUGGAAUCCAAGAACAAGUGAAAAAAUGGGCGAACUUCCUCCUAGUUUAAAUUGGACUUUUGACGUUCAAUGGUGUCCUGGAAACCCAGAUUUAUUGGCAACCGCUUCUUUUGAUGGCAAGAUCAGUGUGCAUUCGUUGCAGUCAGCUCAAGAUCCUCAGCCUUCAAUACCGCAAAGUGAUGAUCCUUUCGCGCCGAUCACAUCAUCUUAUCAUCAGCCAUCUUUGUCAUUAAAGCAACCACCUAAAUGGCUAAGGCGUCCUGUUGGGGCUAUUUUCGGCUUUGGUGGCAAAAUAGUGUUUUUUACUAACAAACCAAUAGUGGGAAUAAGUGGUACCACUUAUCGUGUUAUAACCUCUACUCCUAUCACAGAACCUGAAGUCGUGAAAAAAUCUGUUGAAUUAGAAGCAUCUAUUGAGGCAAAAGCACUUUCUCACUUUUGUGAGAAUCGUGGGAAAGAGGCGCGUAAUGAUCUCGAAUCUGAGAAUUGGAAAGUGCUUCAAACCUUGUUUAACGAAGAUGCACGUGAACAAUUAGUUCAACACCUGGGAUUUUCAAAAACUGAGGUGGUUACGCAGAUAACAGAGGCAAUCAAGUCAAUGAAAUUGGACGCCACACCCAAAACAGAGAAUGAGUCGACAGUUUCAGAGCCAAGUAGUCUUACGGACACGGGUAAAGUGGUCAUUUCUAGUAGUUCUGCAGAUGAGACAAGUGAAUCGCAAAACAUCACCAGUAAAAAAGAUGAUGGCCUUGAUGCUCUUUUCGCUGAUGCACCUAAUUCAGGUGGACUAUCGGAUGCUUCUGAUUUAUUUAAUUCUAAUACAACUACCGACGCAUUCCCCGUCACCGCGACUCUACCGACUUCAACGGAAGAAAAAACUUUGACAGCUUUCAAUUUGGGAACUUUUAAAAUUUAUCCAACUGAUGAAUCAGAAUACGAUAAACUUAUUACGCGUUCAAUCAUUCUUGGAGAUUUCGAAUCUGCGGUCAAUCUUUGUUUACAGGCUAACAGAUUAUCGGAGGCACUAGUUUUGGCGGGAUUCGGAGGACCAGAGCUCUUGCAACGUACUCAAAAUAUAUACUUUGAACGUUGCGUUUCAACGGUACCUUAUCUUCGAUUACUUCAGAGUAUCGUCUCUGGAGAUUUAUCAGACAUUGUAUACAAUGCAGAUUUAAGUGAGUGGCAAGAAGUUGUAGUUGUACUAUGCACUUUCGCUCGAGGUGAAGAAUUUGCGGGAUUGUGUAAUGCAUUGGGACAGAGAUUAGAAGAUCAGCAUCGAAAGCUGGAACUAGAUGCUGAAACCGAGGAAGCAAAAACACAAUCUCUUCACUAUCGAAGAAGCGCAGUAUUAUGCUAUUUAGCAUCGGGAAAUCUUGAGAACGUUGUGAACAUUUGGAUUGCUGAACAAGAAGAGGAGGAAUACGUAGAGCGUAAGAAAGCAGAACAAGAAGAUAAAGCGCAUCUUACUGAAUCGCCAUACUCAUACCAUGCAAAAACUUUGCAAAAUUUAAUUGAAAAGGUCACCGUUUUUCGAAAAGCAAUCGAUUACGUGGAUCCAGCAUUAAUUCCAAAUUUGGAGAGUGUUGAAUCCACAGAAUCAAAUAAUAAAUCUUUCAAGCUGGCCAAACUAUAUCAAAAGUAUGCAGAGUACGCUGAAAUAUUAGCAACGCAAGGUCGACUGAGCACCGCACUGAAAUACAUAAGUUUGAUUCCAUUAGAAUAUCAGAAUAACGACAUACAAGAUUCAUUAUCUGUAAUUAGAGAGAGAAUAUAUAAUUCGGGAGUCGACGUGGGUAACACUAAGCCACCCGCAUUUCCAUUUGAACAAGUUUUUGUUGGUGCCGAUGGUGAAUUUAAUCCAUUUAGUGCAUCUAACGAGGUAAAUCAAUAUCAACAAACUGCAAUUAAUAAUAAUAUCGUUCAAGCAUACAAUCCACAACAACAACAAAUCCCUGCAGGACAGACGAAUUAUUAUAAUCAACAACAAACAUAUCCAUAUAAUGUCCAACAGCAAGUUGCAAAUCCAGGUGGUGUAUAUCAACAACAGCCGCCGCCAGCAUUGCAACAACAAAUUUCACCCAAUCAACAACCUAUUGGUUAUAAUAAUCGAUUUGCUCAAGCAGGAUAUAAUGUGUCAGCUCCUUAUCAACCCGCUUAUCCAACUGGUUAUCCCCAACAAUAUCCGAUCAAUAAUAAUACGACUAAUCAAUUUAUUCCGUCACCAUUUCCUCCCGUUGCUGCUCAAGCCACUCCUUAUCAAGUUAACGCAAAUGCGAAUGCGAACGCAGCUGCAAACCCCACCAAUGACACACCUCCAGAUAUACCAGCAGCAUAUAAGAAAAACUUACCUAACUGGAAUGAUCCACCAAUUGUAUCAAAUGCUCUGGCAAAUAAACGGACAGCACAGGCACAAUCUAAUAAUAAACCACAACCUAUUACUUCACCUUUCCCAACAUCAACCUCACCCGCUCCGGCUCCACUUGCUAAUCCUAACUUCAUGCAACCGCCGCUAGUUCCUGCAGCACCACAACAUUAUCCGACUCGUGGUGGUCCACCUCCGGGAGCUCCAUAUCAACCAAUUCCACCACCAACUUCUCCUAAAAAUGUUCCAGCAGCUAAUUAUUAUGCGCAAAAUCAAGCUGCUGCGAGAAAUUCAUCAUCACCCCAAACUCGCCCAUCUCAAGAUUAUUACGGGCCUGGUCGAUCUACACCUACACCACCACCUAAUCAAGCAUAUGCGGCUAAUAAUCCUGCAAAUCUUGGUUUUCCCACGGCAACUAAUGUCCCUCAAAUACAAAACGCGCCUCAAAUACAAAAUACGACUCAAACUGCUUCACCUGUUCAACAAGCAAAAUCACCUGCCCCAGAAAAAACACCAACUCCUGUGAACAAACAUCCCACGGGGGAUCGAACUCAUAUUCCUCCCGCUCAAAAACCAAUAUACGAGAUUCUCAGUAAUGAACUGUUGCGAGCGCAGCAAAAUUCUCCGCCAAAUCAAAAGAAGGUAUUAGAUGAUACUGCGAAACGUCUUAACGCUUUAUUUGAUGAAUUAAAUAACGAACUUGUUCAGCCGGCAGUUAUCGAAAGUUUAUCCAUUCUAGUUAAAGCUUUACAAGUACGUGACUAUGGAACUGCAUCGAAAAUUCAAGUUGAUUUGAUUACCAGAUAUGAUGAGUGUCAAAAGUGGUUAAUUGGGCUGAAAAGAUUAAUAGAAAUUUUAAAGGGAUUGCCUUAG